GAGCAGAUCAAGAACUGCAGACAGCAGACAUAACCCUGACCCUACUGGGUUCUCCAGGAUCUUGGGUCCGAACUCCACUGAUCAUGGGCGGAGAAAUAUAGGGCUGAGUUAUAAAAGACUGAGAGUUGAAUAUGAGUACAGUGUGUCCAUUUAGAGCCGACAGCAUGUUUGCUAAGCAGGACUAUGACUGUGUGGUGAUCGGGGCGGGAGUGCAGGGCUCCUUCACGGCCUACCAGCUGGCUAAACACAACAAGAAGACUCUGCUGCUGGAGCAGUUCAUUCUGCCUCACACCCGAGGGAGCUCCCAUGGCCAGACUCGCAUCAUCCGUAGAGCCUAUGAGCAGGACUUUUACACGCAGAUGAUGGGGGAGGGCUACCAGCUGUGGGCCCAGCUGGAGAAGGAGGCCGGAGUGACGCUGUGCAGACAAACUGGAUUGCUAGUCAUGGGACCAGAAACCAGUGGGGAUUUCCCGCUGGUCAAGAACACCUUGCUGAAGAACAAGGUUCCCACGGUGAUCCUGAGCCGUGAUAACUUCCACCAGCACAUCCCCAACAUGGUGCUGUCUGAGGGCCACGGCGCCCUGGUGGAUCAAACCGCCGGCGUUCUGUUUGCAGACCGGGCCCUGAAGGCGGUUCAGGAUCAGUUUCGGAAGUUGGGUGGGGUCAUACGGGAUAAUGAGAAGGUUACGGAAAUCGAGCCUGGUCCGGUUGUCAAGGUGACGACCUCUGGAGGAGCUUAUCAAGCGAGAAAUGUGGUGAUCACUGCUGGACCCUGGACCAAUAAGCUCCUGGCUCACACUGGAAUCCAGUUACCACUGGAGAUUAUUAAGAUUAAUGUGUGCUACUGGAGAGAGAAGAUUCCCGGGACUUACUCUGUGAAGCAGCGUUUUCCAUGCUUUCUGCUCACUGAGUGUUUGGAGAGCAGAGAACACAUCUAUGGCCUCCCGUCGAAUGAAUAUCCAGACUUGGUGAAGAUUUGCUACCACAUGGGCAGCAAGACUGACCCGGAUUACAGAGACCUGCAGACGGACACGUCUGACAUCGAUAUCCUGAAGCGAUACGUUUCCAGAUGCGUACCUGGCCUGGUUCCUGAGCCUGCCGUGGUGGAGAGCUGCAUGUAUACACUAACACCUGAUCGCCACUUUGUGUUGGAUUACCAUCCGAACUACAGCAACAUCGUCAUUGGAGCAGGAUUCUCGGGUCAUGGCUUCAAGUUCGGCCCAGUCAUUGGUAAGCUCCUGCGUGAGCUCAGCCUGGGAGAAGAGCCUUCCUUUGACCUUUCACCUUUCAAAAUCAGACGUUUCCAGUCAGAGAUGAAAUCAGAUUUGUAGGAUCAGGACUGGAUUCAUGAAUCCUUCCUCCAACUCGUUCAUUCUUUAAAUCAACAAGUUUACAUGAUGUCACCAGUUUUAGAGCUCCUAAAGACAAGAUGUGUUUAACUAGCCUUUUACAAUUACAACACAUUAAUUUUUGCUUUACUUUGCUUACUUUUAGUGAUUUCAUCAUGAUAAAGAUUAAAUCUUAGUAACCAAGUGAAGGGGAUCUUAUUACAAAGCAAAAACACUUUGAGUCAAAUAAUUUCACAAGUGAAGUUGUUUUUCUCUUCCGAUCACUUUUAAAUGUUCUGAUAUUCAGACCUUGCCAUUUUUAGUCUGAGUUGAUAUAACAGAAUAAAAUUGUAUCUGAAUGAAA